AUGCAGGUUGCUAGUUACAAGGAUAAGAAUCCUGUGUAUGUGGAGAUGAGCUUUUACGGGGUUAUUACUGAGAUAUGGCACCUUGAUUACAAUCUGUUGAAAAUUCCAGUGUUUAAGUGUGAUUGGGUUGAUAGCAAAAAGGGCGUGAAAGUGGAUGAGCUUGGUUUCACGCUAGUCGAGCUUGGAAGGAUAGGCCACAAGUCUGAUUCUUUUAUUCUAGCUUCCCAGGCUAAGCAAGUUUUUUAUGUAAAAGAUCAACUUGAUUCAAGGUGGUCAAUUGUCCUUGAACCUCCUCAGCAUCGGUAUCCGUGCAGCGUGGAUGAUGAUCUCAAUGAUUGUUUUGCCGAGCCUCAGGGAUUUGAUAGAGUAUUGCCAGAAGUUGAAUCAUUAGAUGAAACCGACGAUCUUGUGUUACCUCCUGUGCGGGGAGAUUGUGAAGGAAUGAUGGAUUCUGAUGAUAACCAUCCUAGUAAUGAGGACAAUACUACACCGUCCUCGACAGACCCGAAAUGCAAGAAAAGAAAGGGUCGAGGUGCAACAAGACUACCAGAUGUCAUAAAAGAUAGAAGUUCAGGCAUGCGAAAAGCGACAUUCGAUGUGGACCUAAGGAGUAAAAAAGGCGUUUUAUCUUCUAUCGCAACGUGUUUGAGGACAUUUAGGAAAUAUCUGACCAAGCAUAUAUAUGCUAACAAAUCAAAUCCUAUCAUUCUCUCAAAACCACCAGAAGCUUAUAGUUUUCUAGAGCAACAAGAAUGGGAUUCAUUUGUCAAACGAAGACUUACCAAAGAAUUUGAGGAGUUUCGUGGAGUGCAACAACGUAGACGAAAAUGCAACUUAUAUGACCAUAGACUUAGCCGAAAGGGUUACUUUGGGCUUGAAGAAGAAAUUGCUAAUAAAUCUGAAGAGGCGGUUGUGAGUGUGGAUAGGAGUAUUUCAUGGAAAAAGGCUCGCCAAAAUAAAAAUGGAGAGUAUGGUGAUAUCAAAACUAAGGAAAAAGCUGUGGAAAUUGAUGAGAUAGCCAAACAGGUAGAAGAUGGGACAUUACAGACUCAAGGAAGUAAUGACAUCCUAACCAUGGCAUUAAGUGGUACUGAACGUGGUUGUGUAAGAGGUGUAGGAGGAAAGGUCACUCCAACCAUGUACUUCCACGUGCCUAGACGUGGAAAUCAUUCACGUUGUGAGGAGAAGCAAAAGAGCCUGUUGCAAAUUGUUUCUCAAAUGCAAGUUCAGCUUGAUGCAAUAGCACAACAUAUGCCUGACACACCAAAAUCCGAUAAUAUUGGUUGAAACACUUUUAGAAGUGACAAUCUCGGAAGUCCACAAGUUAAUAAUUUUGCAAUGGACAAUUGGGGGAGAACCAAGGAGGACAUGUCACCUCCAAACCCCACACCAAAAGUCAAGA